AUGGGUAAAAUAUUCUUGGACCAUAUUGGUGGGACCCGAUUAUUUUCAUGUGCAGCAUGCGAUGUAGUAUUGACAAACCGUUCAGAACUUAUAAGUACUAGAUUUACUGGAGCUACAGGGCGCGCUUAUCUUUUCCACAAAGUAGUCAAUCUUGUGUACUCAGAGGUUCAGGAUCGUGUUAUGUUGACGGGAAGGCAUAUGGUGAGGGAUGUGUCUUGUAAAAACUGCGCGACGAAACUUGGUUGGGUUUACGAAUUUGCGACAGAAGAGAAUCAAAGGUAUAAAGAAGGCAGAGUUAUUUUAGAGAGAGCUUUAGUGAAUGAAACUGAAGGCAUUGAAGAAAUUCCAGUAAAUAAUGACGACUAG